AUGUUAUUCAAAACUUCAUCAAUAAUAAUCACAUUACUUUCAUUCUUUACAUUUCUUCAACCAACAUUAGCAGAUGAUCCAGAAACUUCAUAUACAACAUUAACAUUAACAACAAAUUCUAAAACAGUUAUAACAACUUCAGAAUUACCACAACCAACAUUAGUUUGGGCAACUGGAUAUGAUGAAAAUGGUGAAUUACGAACAACACAAUCUACAUAUACUCAAACGUUUGCUAAAUUUUGGACAAAAGUAAGUGAUGUACCUGCUGGUUCUAUUGGAUUAGGUUCAAUUACUGGUACUGUUGGUACGGUGAGAGUUUAUCCAAGUACAACUGUUUCAAAUAUUAGAGCUAAAAGAUGA